GGGCACGGGCGGUAUAAGAGAACCGCAACCGCUGUCAGUGGUCCUGAAAUCAGACGGAGCCAAAGGAGCGGAAUCCCGGGAGAGAAGGAGGAGACGACAACAACAACAAAAGCAACAGCUACUGUGACACCACUUUACGUCAAACGACAAACUCACACACAACAGAACAAGAAGAAGAAAAAGGAGAGCGCGGUGCAAGGCGCCGCGCGUGAAAACAGGGACUUCUCGCAACGUGUGACGCGACGCGGAGGGGAAGCUCCCCCGCGGCUACGGCUGGACUGCAAGAAUUUCUGAUUCCCCUCACUGCUCACCGCGGGCCCUCUUCUAAUUGACCAUGAUUGGGUACCACAAUCUCUCAAGUGCCCUUGCCCUCCUUGUUCUCCUGACAGGGGCUUCCUCCUUCCAUCUGUCCAUCUCUAAGCCGAUCAACACCCCUGGAGUUAUUGAUGACCAUAGAUAUGCUACUCCUGCAAGCGAUGAGGAGAGACGAUCAACACAGAGAGAAGAUUCAGAGGAAGAGGAGGAGCUCUUCAAAGAUGUGGAUCCCAAAAGACUAGCGGCGGUUUUACUAGAGGCACUGAAUCACUCAAGAGUAGAGCAAAGACAGGGGCAAGAGGAGCAUAAUGGGAUGGAAGGAGAAAUGAAAGCUGAGAUGAGGGGUGUCAGAAAAGAAGAAGCUGACAGUUCAGUGAGAAAAAUGGAGGGGGCAGACAGAGACCGAGAUGGGCGACAGGAGUUGGAGCUGCUGAUGGCCACGCAGCAGAAGAAGAGGGAGAGAGAGGAGGAAGAGGAGAGGCAGAAAGCUCGAGAAGAAGAGGAGAGAAUGACAGAAAAGGUGUCUAGUCGCACCACAAGUCAGACGGUCCAGGUCCAAGCAGAGCGGCAGCCCGCUAGUCUGGAUGGAAGAGGGGAGCCCGGCCAGGUUGCUGCCCCACAGCAGGGGCCAAACAUCCCUGAACAAGGCAGCAAUGAGGAGGAGGAGCAGCUCAGCCCAGAGGAGUUAAAGAACCUUGAGACAAUGAUGAAGGAGUUUCCUCGUUUGAACACGGCCACUGAGAGGGAGGGAGAUUCAGGGCAAAACCAGAGAGAGAGCCGAGGUUACAGCAGCUACAAUGACAUCAUACCAAUCAACAAAGGCAACAACCUCGCCAUGUCUAAGAAGAAACUGAAAUGGCAGGAGGAGACACAGAAAGGACUCAUCUUCCCAAAGUUCAGUGGAGGCAACUUUGUGAACGACUUUGAAGACAAUAACAACGCUGGUAGUAAUGCAGCACAGUCACUGCCUCCGCCGGAGCAGGAGGUGAUAGCAGAUGAUGGAGUGCAGGACGAGGACGAAGAAGAAGAUGAGGAGGUGUUGAGCCCUGAGGAGGAGGAGGCUCAAGCCAAAGCAGAGCAGGAGGAGAUGAGGAGGCAGGCGGCCGAGGCACAAAAGGCCAAAAUGGAGGAGGAGAAGUUAGCCGACAUCGCUUCUGACAUGCUGCUGCGCUACAUGGUCAAACAGAACAACAAUAAAUACAGCUCGUCCCUGUCCAACGCUGCGGAGGACAAGAGGUCCGAUGAGGAACAGGAGGUGACAGAGGAGGACGAUAUCGAUCCCCAGACCAUCGACAAGCUGAUCGAGAUCUCCAACAAGCUCCACCUCCCUGCUGAUGACGUGGUGGACAUCAUCAGCGACGUGGAAAAGAAGAAGAAGAAAGACGUGCCGCCCGAGAUGGUGUCUCAUCGGCAGCGACCUUCAACUCCGCUUGCUUCCCCAUUCUCCUCAUCCAAGGAUUUUUCAUCGUCACAGAUUCCAACCAGUCGAAAUGGUUUCCAAGCUUCCAAGCAGCCCUUCUCAGCUGUCAAUCUCCUCAAAACAUGGUUACAGGACAAAUCGCCAGCCAAGUUGCAAGAUGUCUGGAGCAAACCUGCAAAGCCUCUGGUGGCCAAUCAGAAUCGCUGGCCCAGACCUCAGAAGCCUCUGUCAAAUAAACAGGACCUCUGGCUAAAAUCACAGAGGCCAGUUUGGACUGGCUACCCUUCUUACCCCCACACAUACCCGUCCUACUACCAGAGGAAGCAGUACCCAGACUUCUACCCCAUCUAUUUCCCACCUCCCCCGAGACCCAAACCCCGUUACUACAUCCCAAAACCUGCUUUCACUCUUAACAACUUCCUUGGGAAUUCCAUGGACGACACCUACUCUUUCCCUCCCAGGCGACGUUACCCCAGCUGGGUCCAACCUCGGCUUAGAACCCCCCCCGCGGUCCUCCACCAGAGGCCAUACUACACCGCCUACCCGUAUCAGCCAGCACUCAUCCCCAAACCUCGCUCCCCUCUUCGAAAGCCUGUGAUCCCGUCUCAGCAGAAAUAUUAUUACUCAGACCCGGUGGCAGCCGAAGCAACGAGAAAUGAAGAUUACUACGCUGCUGGACAGCAGCCAGACCGUGACGAUCUGGAGAAAUACAUACAGCAAAUACUCAUGAAGAGGCCACUGUUGGACUGAAAGGGGGAUGAGGGAGCGAGAGAAUUAGGCAAGAGAUGGGCAGAAAAGUAUUUCUUUGUGAUCUUAUUUUGGUGGUGUUGGUUCUGUUUUACAUAUGUAACAAGCUCCUUUCUCCUAUUUAGUUUGGUUUUGAUUUGGACAAGGACAUUAAGGAGGACUUCUCUUCAGAGCUAGGCUGGAUGACUUGCAUAGGUAAAGGACAGAAAAGAUACACAUCUACAUUCGUCCUCCGUAUAGGAGUGGACACAGCACGAACCUGGCCUGUUGGAAAGCAGGGGAGAUUUGUAUCAUGCUACAAAUUUCCAUCCAAGUUCCCAGCAUUACGUUCUUCUCCAUUUGGACAUUUUACAAUGCCAACAAAGGAGGACGCUUAAAUAUGUUGUUACCGGUACUUUAAAAAAGAUCUCCAGCAGCAAUGAAUGAUGGGAUACAUUUUGAGGCUUAAGGAGUUCUACGAUCCAAACACAGAGAAUGUGCGUGUGAUUAUCUAAGGCAGGGGAAUUCGAACAUUAUUUCAUAAACAUAGUCUUUCUGAAAAACAAAUUGUGGUAUUUAUAUGAAGAUGCAGCAAAAAUCAGCAGCACAGCACUUUCUCAUUUGGUGUCCUCACAUACUCACCAAAGCUCUUCAUUAUGAAAUAUAACGCACCAAAAAGCAUAUUUCAUACAAAGGGCUGUGGAAGCCCUGCUAACGCCGCUCUAAUGGCUUGGAUGACUCACCCUUUUGCAUAACUUCAAUUACCUUGUUGCUAUGGUGCCAAACCCUGACCAAACUCUAUGUGGCAUUCUUUUGACGCCUUCAGAGAAGGACGCACUGGUGGAGGCACUUACUGCUCUUUUACUAAACAAGUGCAUUCAAGCAGUUAAGGCUGGUGUUGUUCUUUAUCUUAUUUUGCAUUACUAAAUGCGUUAAAUACUUUCUUACUGCAGCACUUAGUUAACAUAUUGCUAAUGCAGAAGAUUGCAGAUUGCCAGCCUUAUCCUGCAAUACCCCUUAUCCUUGUGCCCCAAAGUGCCCCUAAAUCCCAAGGUUCCCUUUAAGGUCCAUUAAGGCCAAUUUGAUAAUUCAACAUUUUCUAUUGAUCAUUACAGGACUGAAAAAUACUUUGCCGAGGCAAGUAAAUGGGCCAAUCAAUCUAACAAUGUAGUUUAAUUUGAAUAAGCGCUGAAUCCGAAACCAAUUUGUAUUGGGGUGACUAAAAAUUUGCUUUGGGCAAAUAUUUUUGAGGCUGCAUGUGAUAAAAAAAACAGAACAGUUAAAAGUUAAACUAACGAUUCAAACUCUAUGAUGGUUUUUCUUUUGUUCUUAAUGUUGCAGAGCGAUCAAUCACCCAUUUUAUGCAUUGGUAGGUGGGAACCUGUUUCCAAACUGAGCUGAAACUGGCUGCCUUACAUGUCACUGUGACAUCCCAAACAUAGCGCUACGUUUCCUUUUUUUACCACUUGAUAUUAUCCCAGAGUUCAAGGCUGUAAUCACUUUUGUAAUAGACGAGAUAAUGAAAUGAUUUGGAAACUAAAUCCACUGGAGAUGGGAUCAGUUUGCCCACGUUCAGGUUUUAGUCAUGACUAAAAAAUAAACACGAUGAGGGGAUUUUUAAUUGCUUCAGAUGGCUAUCGUGUUAUAGAUAUGAUUGUAAAAGAGAGUAUUUUUUACGUGCAAAAAAAUAGGAUUUUACAGAGGUUUAAAUAACUAAGUUAAGCUCUUUUCUCUAUUUGGCAACUGAUAAUCAGUAAUAAAUAAUAACAAACACUUUUUUUGGAACCUGGGAACGAGAGCAGAUGUUGCUCUAAGUUUUUUCUGUAGUGUUGACUUUUGUGGUUAUCUAUUACUAAGGAAUGAUUAAAUCUCAAUAUCAUUGUUGAGCAAAACAGAUUCAUGGCAUCAACAAUCUUGGACAUGGCAACAUUAGUCAAAGAAACAAAAAUGAACGCAGAUGGACAUAAACGAGCUUUUUGUAAUUUUCAAUGGUUUGUUCUUUUUUCAAGAAGGAAGUCCCAUAUUGAGAAAGAUAUGGGAAGAAAAGAACAGGCUUAGAUAUGAAGUGACACACCAGAGGCUAUAGUACAGUGUCUGCACGUUUAUGUAUACUUGCAUUCAAGAAUAGCUUCUUUGAAGGCGUACAAGCAUCAAUCAAAAAAGUAUAAAAAAAGCUCUAAAAAUGACAGAAACAAUAACGUCGGUGUACCUUUAAAUCAUUGUGCGGCGAGUGUUGUACAUGGUCUUUCUAGAUGUACUUUGUUGUAACCAUCGUAAUAAACAUGCGUUUCCUGGAUGUAAAUAUGCGCAUGUCAAUGACUACUUUUGCUAGAAACAAUAAAAUCUAACUAUUUUUGUUACAAAAGUU